AUGAUAAAAAUGAAAGUCUUAUUCAUUUGUUUAAUUUGUGUUUUAGUACAAUCUCGAUCCACUCCUGAAGAGAUAGAUCAAUACAGAAAUUCAUCAAAACUUGUUGUUAUUGAAUAUAUGUCAGAAACUUGUUACUUUUGUCAAUUAAUUGAUAAAGAAAUAAAUGAGACAAUUUCUGAACUUUCAAUGUUAAAUAAUAUUAAAAUGUUCCAAAUUGAUUGUAACAAAUACAAGAGCUAUUGUGAACGAGAUGGUGUUUCUGCUUAUCCUAGUAUUGUUCCAAUUAGAAAUAACUUUAUGUAUAAUGAAUUAAAAAAACCAAGAGAAGGUUGGAACUGGAAGUUACAAAUACUUGAAAUUGCAAACUCUCCAAUGCCAAAAUAUGUUGUUGGAAGAACUAAAUUAGAUAAAAUAAUCAGACCAAAGCAUAUUCCAAUUCGUUCAUUUCCGAUGAAUAAAUAA